CCUCCCCCCCGCAAACGGAAAGAACUUGAACUCACAGAACCCGCUUCUUCGCCCGCCAACCCCCUCAUCUCCUGCUGGCGUGACAGCCCUCGGCGCCCGGCCCAGCUCAGGCCCGCCAAGGCUCGCGGCAAAGCUUGGCGCUCCAGUGCGCGCCUCCGCGGACAAAGAGCAGGCGGCGGCGAGGCUGGGCUGGAAGGUGGAGGCGGGCCGAGGGGCGCGCCGGGGGGAAUCCCUCCCGACCUCUGACGUCACCAAAGCGCUGGCCAAUGAGAAGCGGGAGAGGGGGAUUCCCGCUCCCGCUGCCGCCCCGCCAGCUUUUUAAACAGUACCCUGGGGAAUACUCUCUGGGAGCAGUGGGAGGAAUGGGGGAAAUGGAGGUUAAGAGCGAAAAAUGAUGGUCCUGGGGGAUGAGACUAGAGGUUUGACGAUUAGGCGUCAAGGCUGGCUUAGAACGGGGGGAAAACCAGAGCCGAUCGAGGUGAGGCCGAACACCCGGCAGGGGAAAAUCCUCCUGAGAUGGAGUGGAAACUGGAGCGCACCGCCCCGCGGAAGGUCCGGACGGAAGAAGAGAUGCUGUGGGAGAACGUCAUGCGGGUGCUCGCCAAAGACAUGAAGCAAAAGAGAAGUCAAGGUUCUCCCAAGAUAUUUGACGGAGUUAAUACUACAUAUUCUAACUUUAAGAGCAACUUUGUGAAGAGACUGUCGGCAGAGGUUCCUGUUGCCAGUAGCCCAAUUACCACCAGAUGGCGGCAAAGCCAAACCAGGGAUCUGGCAGUUGAUUCCUUUGAGGAAGAGCGUUCAACCACUUACCUCCCAGAAGCUUCUGGAUCCGUGCUGAAGAUAACUCCUGAAAAAGAGACCUUGAUUCUAGGAUCCUACAAAGAACCACUGAAGACCCCCGUCAAAGGGAAUUUUGAAACAAAUAACCCAGUUCUCCAUUUUUGCAAGGCACCUCAUGCACUGGGCAGAGGCUGGAAUGAAAAUGUUGCCUCAAAAGGCCAGAAAUGCCUAAACCAGCUAUUUUUGACCCAGAAGGUGGCACAGUGGGUUAGUGGGAAAAUGCAGCUCUGUGAGAAAUCCCAAUGUGUUUGGAAAGGCUGCGGAGAUGGAGUCAGAGAUGAAUCCUUCCAUCUUAAAAGAUUCAAUGGUAUAAACUAUUCCAUACUGCAACCAGAGGUGAAGUUUCAUCUUACUGGUCUUCGAAAUGACUAUUAUCUCAAUAUUCUAGAUUGGAAUUUUCAAAAUCUUGUUGCUAUAGCCCUUGGAUCCUCUGUGUACAUCUGGAAUGGGGAAAACCACAAUAAGAUUGAAAAUAUAGACUUCACUCUCAAUUGUAACUAUGUAUCUUCUGUGUCCUGGAUAAAAGAGGGAAACUGCCUGGCAGUUGGCACCAGCGAGGGAGAAGUACAACUAUGGGAUGUGGUAACUAAAAAGCGGCUGAGAAAUAUGCUUGGUCAUUUGUCAGUGGUUGGGGCUUUGAGCUGGAAUCACUAUAUUCUUAGCAGUGGGUCGAGGCUGGGCCGUGUUUAUCAUCAUGACGUUCGGGUAGCCCGGCAUCACAUUGGAACACUUCACCACCAACAAGCUGUGUGUGCUCUGAAGUGGUCGCCUGACAGUAGGCUGCUUUCCAGUGGCUGUAGUGACGGACUGCUGACUAUAUGGCCCGGUGACCCGAGUGCAAAAGCACAGGUUCAACCACUGAAAGUCAUACCCCAACCUACAGCAGUCAAGGCCAUGGAUUGGUGUCCCUGGCAGUCUGCAGUCCUUGCUGUUGGAGGUGGAAUGAAGGACGGACACUUACAUAUCUUGGACAUAAAUACUGGGCAAACCAUCCAGACCCCAAACAUGAACUCACAGAUUUGUUCCCUAAUCUGGCUCCCUAAGACAAAGGAGAUUGCAAGUGGCCAAGGUACUCCUAAGAACGAUGUGACUGUGUGGGCCUGUCCCGGUCUGGCCAGGUCGGCUGGAUUUUUUGGCCACAGGGGCAGAGUGCUGCACCUGGCUUUGAGUCCAGACCAGACCCGAGUGUUUUCUGCCGCAGCCGAUGGCACAGCCUGUGUGUGGAACUGCUGUGAGUCACUCAGCCCCUCUGUGAGCUCCAGUUUCCUCACUUUGAAGUGAGAAUGAUGACAUUGGCCUUGUCUUCUCCAUGGGGUUGUGGUGAGGAUCAAAUAGGAUAAAGUGCUUUUCUUGCGGUGAAUGUCUGUUUUCCUGACUUUCUUUCUCAGGUUGCUUUAUUUUCCUCACUUCCUCCUGUUGGAUUUCCCAGACAUUGUCUUGGCCUCUUUUCUACUUUCCUCUCCCUCCUGCUCCUCUUCUUCCUCCUCCUUUUUCUUCUUUUUUCUCUAUCUCUUCCUUGUUAGAGAUGCAUUUCCACUGCUAUAGUCAGAAUAUCUAUAAAAGAGAUUUCUAAACUCCUUUUUCCCACUUGACUUUCCAAGCUCCAGCCUCAUCCUUCUUUCUGCCUCUGGAUAUUUCCUUUCUGAGAUCCUUUCUUAUCUUUAGCUCAAACUCAGAAUGUUAAAAAUACAUACAAAUAAUAUUUUGCUUGAAAAAUAUUGAUUAAAAUCCUACUGUAUGGUAGGCAGUAUGUUAA